GUCUGCCUGGGUAACUAACUGGUCCUCUCCCAAUGCUUUGCUACACUGAUGCAGCUCACACCAGGCCCCUUGGAGCCCUGUCUGUACUAGCCGUUCCUGGUGCGGAUACCAACAGAUAGCGAUGUCCCUAAAACUGCUGGUGUAAAGUAGGCCUGUGCCUCAAUUUCUUUCCAUCUGUGAAAUGGGUGCAACAAUGCUUGCCUGUUUUGAAGUGGGGGGGGAGGGGAGUUGUUUGUGAUUUCAUUGGAAGUUGUAAUAACCCCUAGCCCUUAUUUAGUGCUUUUCAGCACCAGAUCUCAAAGCACUUUACAAAGGAGGUCAGUCUCAUUAUCCCCAUCUUGUAGAUGGGGAAACUAUGGCAUGGGGAGUGACUUGCCUGAGUACACAACUAGCAUGCUAGUGGAAGAGCUGGGAAUAGAAUUUAGGUCUCUGGAGACCCAGCCCCUUGUUCUGUCUGCUAGCUAAUGGUACGGAGUGUGGCAGAAUUGCAAAGUACCAUGGACCUGAAAAGCCUGAGCACGUUCCUUCAGAUCUCUGCUCGCACCUGGGCGUUGGCUCCAUCUCAGUGUGAUCACGGGGUUGUCGUUCUCCCUGCAGUUAGACUCUUCAGUGAGCAUUGGGUGCUUAUGACCUUGGGUUUACGUCUCAGAGAGACAGCAGCUCAGCUUCGGGAGAGACACUGUCUUAUCACACGCUACAAACAUCGACACAGCUUCUUGCCUGGGCUGGGUGCCGGGGAGGAGGUCAAAGAUUGCAGUUGAUCACACCACUGAGUUCCUGUUUUCAUAACGGUAGCAAGAUGAGCCCAUCUUCUCUCCCGGUAGCCUUGGCAUGUUUCAGCUGUUGGCACUCAGCAUCUUCCUCCCUCUGAAACGUUUCCCAGCCCCGGCGCAGAAACACUUUGCUUUCAGCGCCAUCAAGUUUUCACAAGUGGUGAAGAAAGACUUGCCGUGGCUGUGGGUGUGACAGCAACAAUGUCGGCUGCACGUCCUUUGCUCUGCAAACCUCACACCUCUGCCCCAACCACCCCCUGAGAGCGCUUUCUCCCAUUGCUGCUGAGGAGAUGUGAACGCGCUCAGGGAAGGAGCGGGGUAUAUAACUGAGAGUGGAAAUGCCCCCUGACAGAAGCGGUGGGGCGACGACGUCCGCAGACGGCUCAGCGUGGCAGCAGCAUGAAGGCAGAUCAGAAAUUGCUCUUCCUGGUGCUUCUGUUCCUCCCCAUUGGGAAGGCUGCAGGCCAGCUCCAGUCUUCGAUCAUUGGGGGACGCGAAGCAUUGCCUCACUCCAGGCCCUACAUGGUGUCUAUCCAUCUCAAAGACACUCCCUUCUGUGGGGGAACCCUAAUCCAUGCGCGCUGGGUGCUGACGGCUGCGCACUGCUAUGCCGACCCGAGAAAGGGUCGCAUCAAGGUGGUGGUGGGUCUCCAUCAGCAGCCCAGGAGAAAUGCCCAAGUGCCGAAGUUCAAUGUCAUGGAGUUUGUCCCGCAUCCUUCCUACAACCCCAACACCAUGGCCAAUGAUAUCAUGCUGCUCAAGCUGGACAAGAAGGUGGCUUGGAACAAGGAGACGAGCUUCCUCCCGCUGUCCAAGAAGAAUCCGGCCCCGGGGACGACGUGCAGCAUGGCUGGCUGGGGGACUUUCAGACCAAAAAGCAAGCAUUCCCAGGUCCUGCGCGAACUCAAUGUCACGGUGAUGGACAGCAGGAUGUGCAACAACAGCCGGUACUGGCAUGGCGAGGUCACCAGCACCAUGAUGUGCAUCGAAGGGGUCGAGAAGGACUCUGCUCCCUGCAAGGGUGAUUCCGGGGGCCCUGUGGUGUGUGGCAAGAAAGCAGCGGUAGCCGGCGUGUUCUCCUUCACAGACGACAACUGUGUCAACAUGUUCAAACCGCCCAUCGCAACGGCUGUCUUUAAAUACAAGACAUGGAUCAAAAAAUAUCUACGUUAGGGCCAAGCCCUGUGAGUGCAUCCUCUGAAAGCUUGCCUGUCCGUCUCCCCUUCCCUGUAUUGACUCCUAGUGGCUUCCCUAUGCUGCCCAGGUUAGAGAUCGGCUCGCUCACCCGGCCGCAUGUGCCUCAUCCAUCCAUCUGGGCGCUGCUGGUUCAAACCCCCGCAUGACUCCCACGCCUACUUGUUCUCUUAUGGAGGCUUCAGCUCUGUCCUUCUCCCUCUCGGGCCUGGCGUGCAAACUGUCUGCCUACGUCAUGCUUCCUGCUGCUGAUUUGAAAUAAAAGUGAAACCUCA